GCAGUGCCAAAUGCCUGGGGAUAAGACAGCCCUCCAUCUCCGGGGCACCUCCCCUCCCGGCUGCUUUUAUGGGCUGCCCGUUGGUCCCUGCCUUUGCUUUUGACACCCCUCGCCCCUCGGAGAGGUUGUCGCCACCCUGACGGAGCAAGGGCCCCCCUCGGCCAACUCUCCGGGCUGCCUGCCUGUGUCAGCAAAGAACCCAGACGUCCUUGCCCCCCGGAGCCCCCUGCCCUGACAGCUGCCUUAAAGGCAAAGGCGGGAGAGGGGGAGGAAGGGAGGAAGAGGAGGAGAAGAGGGCCACCUCUCCUUGCACAGCCAUCUUCCAGGGGUCAGGUUGACUUUCUGCAUUGCCAGGGGAAGGACGAAGGACCACUGCCCCCGGAGAGCCCAGAGGGACGUCUCUGCUAUUCAAUCUCCUUCUCUCCUCCUUCAGUUUGGGGCUUCCUCUCCCGGGAAGGUCAAGCAGGAUGAAGUGGCUCGGGGUAGCCCUCGUGGCCUUGCUGCUGGCCGCUUUUGGCCCGCUGGGCCGGGGCGAUGACGGGCUGGAUUUCCCCGAGUACGAUGGCAUCGACCGGGUCAUCGACGUCAACGCCAAGAACUACAAGAACGUCUUGAAGAAGUACGAGAUCCUGGCUCUGCUGUACCACGAGCCCAUCGGGGACGACAAGGCAUCCCAGAAGCAGUUUGAGCUGGAGGAGCUGAUCUUGGAGUUAGCAGCCCAAGUCCUGGAAGAUAAAGGCGUGGGGUUUGGCCUGGUGGACUCAGAGAAGGAUGCAGCGGUGGCCAAGAAAUUAGGCCUGGGGGAAGAAGACAGUGUGUAUGUGUUCAAGGAUGAUGAAAUCAUCGAGUACGACGGGGAGUUUAGUGCCGACACUUUGGUGGAGUUCAUCCUCGAUGUGAUGGAAGACCCAGUGGAGUUCAUUGAAGGGGAACGUGAACUCCAGGCGUUUGAGAAUGUUGAAGACGAGCCCAAAUUGAUUGGCUACUUCAAGAACGAAGACUCGGAACAUUUCAAGGCCUACGAAGACGCGGCUGAGGAGUUUCACCCAUACAUCGAUUUCUAUGCCACCUUUGACAGCAAGGUUGCAAAGAAGUUGUCCCUGAAACUAAACGAGAUCGACUACUAUGAGCCUUUCAUGGACGAACCAGUCACCAUCCCAGAUAAACCAAACAGCGAGGAAGAAAUUGUCCAGUUUUUGGAGGAGCACAAGAGGCCCACACUGAGGAAACUUCAGCCAGAAAGCAUGUAUGAGACUUGGGAGGAUGAUAUGGAUGGCAUCCAUAUUGUUGCUUUUGCAGAGGAAGAUGACCCUGAUGGUUAUGAGUUCCUGGAAAUCCUGAAGGACGUUGCCCAAGACAACACAGACAACCCAGACCUCAGUAUCAUCUGGAUCGACCCUGAGGACUUUCCACUGCUGGUCCCCUACUGGGAGAAGACUUUCGACAUUGACCUGUCCCGGCCUCAGAUUGGCGUCGUCAACGUAACGGACGCUGACAGCAUAUGGCUGGAGAUGGACGAUGAGGAUGACCUGCCCUCCACAGAGGAGUUGGAAGACUGGAUUGAGGAUGUGCUGGAUGGAGACAUCAACACAGAAGAUGACGACGAUGACGAUGAUGACGACGACGAUGACGACGAUGACGACGAUGACUAGAGGCUCCCGUUCUUUGUGGAAGGCAGAGCCUGCCUGUGGAGGUCCACCUGUGUCACACCUGUCCCCAGAGUGUCACUCAGGGGGCCACAGGGCCUGGCGCCUCUGGCCGACACGAAAUUCAACGCUUUGCCACCAGACCCUAGCAAGAACGUAUUUUUAUAUUGAUCCUAUUUAAGUCAAGGGCCCCCAUCCUGUACUGAACCCCACGUGUUCCCACCCUCCCCCGAGGACCCCGCUCUGCCCCCUGCCACUGUAGGGAGAAAACGGGGUGCCCCGUUUUCUCCCUACAGGGGCACCCCCUGAGCCCUCUCUCCCCUUCCCGCCUUAGGCUCGCCAGGUGUCCUUCAGGCUCUGGUCCUGAAGAUGCUGCUUCUGCAUGGACCAUCCGUUUUCCCUGGGAUGCUAAGCCCAGCUCAGAUUUAUGCCAGCAAGGAGCAAGGCUCUUUGCCUGUUCCUAACCCUCAGCAUCCUGGUUGAUCAGGGAACUUGAUGGACCCCCAACUCAGCACAGGCAGAGAUGUGUGUUGUCGGCCCAGUGAAUUUCCCAUCAUGCCUCUCUCUCUGUGUGCUUCCCCUGUGACAUCCACUCUGACUGCCAAGGGCUGUCCUGGCAGGGCAUCUUUUCUGCCCCUGGGUGGGUGUGGGUGUGAAACCUGGGGCCUUCUGGAUGCAGAGCAGAUGCCUUCUUUACCAUCUCUUCCCAAAUGCCUUCCUCUUCCUCACACCAUGACACAAAGGAAUAGCUCCCGCCUUCUUUGCUAGCAUCUCUCUUGGACUUUGUUAAAUCUAUCACUCACGUGGCUCUUGAGUUUCUGCCAGGAAACGCCUCCCCAAAUCAUUUCAUCAGUUAAACUGAAGAAGGAGGGCAGAGAUCAGCCAAUAACAUUUUGGGGGGGGGGAAUAGAAACAAAUGUAAUCCUUGGGCUUUGGAGAUGAAUAUAUUUGGGCUAAAACUGUCUUGUUAAUAUUUCUGGAGCGGGGAGACAAUCAGGGAGGGUGGGGGGGACAACCUGUUCAGCACUCGGUGGGGGUGACACAAUGUACAAUUUGUAUAUUUUUCAACAACUUUGUACAGAUCAACCAAAGCGAUUAAAAAAAAAAAUCAAAUAACAA